UAAGUGGAAGAAGGUCCACAGAGGAGCCGGGCAUGUUCAAACAUAUCCAGGCGGACCAGCCUACCAGCCUCCACUGCAUGUUGACAUUGCGCACGGAUUGACAUACACAAACUCAAUCACAGCGUGUGGGCUGACAGUGACAUAGAUCAAAACUCUUUUUUUUACGAAGAGACAUCCGAUGGCUUCACAGUAACGCAAAAUAUGCGUAUUGGAUGGUUAAAUACUUGCUGAAGACUUCUAAGUUUCAACUCUGUCUGGAGAAUCCUGGUUCAGCGUGGCCAUGUCUCUCCCGGCCAAAGUGAUGAGAGACGGGCUGCUGGAGAAGCGCAGCAGCGGGCUCCUCCAGCUGUGGAAGAAGAAGCGCUGCGUGCUCACAGAGGAAGGGUUGCGCCUGCACAACUGCAAAAGCUCCGGAGGUGGUGGUGAUGCUCCAGGCUCAGCGUGGAGCUCCAAAGCCAAAGAGCUCCGAUUUGAGCGCAUGGCCACCGUGGACUGCGUGGAGUACAAGCGAGGGCUGGUGUACUUCACCGUGGUCAUGGUUACAGGGAAGGAGAUUGACUUUCGGUGUCGGCAGGAAGGGACGGCUUGGAACGCGGAGAUCGCUUUGGCACUGGUGCGUUACAAGAACCUGCAGGCCGUGCAGACAGGGAGGAACAGGCACCUGUCCUCAACACACCUGGGGAGCACUGGAGAGGAUGAGGAGCUGUGACAUGCCUUCCUUCUUUCUUGGGACUGAACUAAUUGGAGCAGAGAGAAGAGAGGACACCAAGGCUAUCUGCAAAGCAUGGUGGGACCAAACAGCCCUCAGCGAUUAUGGAUUACAUGACAGAGAACAAGAGUUACAAAGAUGCUUCUCCUCCUUCUUACAUGAACAUAUUCACGCUGUCAUAUAGAGCAUAGGAAUAUGAUAAACUGUCAGCAUGGAUGGCAUGGUUUUUGCUGUCAGAAUGACCUCAUUGAUUGAGGUCGCCCUCAAGAGAAAAUGAUGGUGAUAUUGGGAUAGAAAUCGAGGACACUGUUUUCCCUUUGUGCCUUUACGCUUUAAAAGUAGACUCUACUUUGGACAUCAUUUCCAAGCUUCUUCUGACACCGAUGAAUCUAGAGUCACCUUUUCUAGUCUUGCUUUUUAUGAACACACAUUGAUGUUUGACUAGCUUUAAAAAAGUUUUGUUAAAUGCUUAACAGAUCUGCAUGUUUUUCCAAAGCUUAAAAUGAAGUAUUUUGAUCAUAUCAAUUGCACAUUGUGUUACAUAUAUGCUGAAACCAUGUACAGUAUUACAACCUUGAAAUAUUAAAUACAUUUUUGUCUUUAA